UCAAACAGCAAGAGCGCUAUAAAAUCUGCUUGAUUAGAGAGCCGGACUUUAACAUCACUCGCAGCUGUAAUGCACACCAUCAUAAAGUCAGCAGAGCAUUAAUAACUCAAUGGCCAGCGCUUUAUGGCUUUGUCUUGUAUAACUGAUAGUUUGUUCAGCCGUCGCGCGUUGAGUUCACAGCGCUUUCCAGAAGAAAUCACUUUAUUGUUCUUAAAGCUCUGCGUGUGUUUGUGAAGUGAACUGUGUGGAAAAUAAGGAUGGCGGUGUCUAAAUCUACAGUAUCAAUCGUUUUUAUAGUUCUGGGAGGUUUGGCGGUUUUAUUCGGGACUGUGCUGGUGUUUGUCGGACCUAUUAUUAUAGACGACCAAAUAGUGAAGAAUGUAGAGAUUAACCCAAACAAUGGACUCUCCUACACUAUGUGGAAGGACAUCCCGGUUCCCUUCUUUAUGUCUGUAUAUUUCUUUCAUAUUGUCAAUCCUGAUGAAAUCCUAAAAGGAGAAAAGCCCACGGUGGUGCAGAGGGGGCCAUAUGUGUACCGUGAAAAACGCUGGAAGGACAACAUCACAUUCUAUGAUGACAACCACACCGUCUCGUAUAAAGAAUAUCGGCAGUAUUUCUUUGAGGAGAGCAUGUCUGUGGGAGAUGAAUCUGACGUGGUCACCAUCCCUAACAUGCUAGUGCUGGGUGCGUCAGUAAUGAUGGAGAAUAUGCCCUUUCCUUUACGUGUGCUGCUCAGCACCACGUUCAAGACCUUCAAAGAGGGACCUUUCUUGACAAAACCAGUUGGAGAACUCAUGUGGGGUUAUGACAGCAAGUUGGUGGACUUCCUGAACAAAUACCUCCCUGGAAUGCUCCCAACCAGCGGGAAGUUUGGCUUAUUUGCUGAGUUUAACAACUCCAACACCGGAGAGUUCACUGUCUUCACUGGUCAAGAUGACAUCCGGAAGGUUCAUAUGGUGGAGUCUUGGAAUGGCAAGAAACGCGUGGAUUACUGGAGGUCUGAACAGUGUAACAUGAUUAAUGGUACAGCGGGUCAAAUGUGGCCUCCGUUCAUGACCAAAGAGUCGACGAUGCCCUUCUACAGCCCUGAUGCGUGCAGGUCCAUGGAGCUGGUGUACCAAAGGCCAGGAGUAUCGCGUGGGAUUCCUGUGUACCGCUUCGUGGCUCCAAAGACUCUUUUUGCCAACGGUGCAGAUUAUCCUCCCAAUGAGGGCUUCUGUCCAUGUCGACAGUCCGGUCUUCUCAACGUCAGCACCUGCAGACACAAUUCCCCUGUGUUCAUCUCCCAGCCACACUUUUUUGAGGCCGAUCCUGUUCUUUUGCGCACAGUCAAUGGAUUGAGGCCAAAUGAGGAUAAACAUGGGCUUUUCAUCGAUAUUCACCCGGAGACUGGAGUGCCAAUGAACGUUUCCAUUCGAUUGCAGCUCAACCUGCUCAUGAAGCGUGUGAUUGGCAUCUCAGAAACCGGAAAGAUAGCUGAAGUGGUGAUGCCCAUGAUCUGGUUUGAGGAGAGUGGCUACAUUGAUGGUCCCGUCCUCAACACGUUCCGCACCAAUCUGGUGGUGCUGCCCAUGGUCAUGGAGUACAUGCAGUACAUCUUCAUCGCUCUCGGACUCGCAGGCAUUUUGGGAGCCGUGAUGUUAUACGUCACUGACAAGGAAAGCGUAAAAGAUACAAAACACGACCCGACCAAUGAGACGCAGGCUGAAAAAUAUAGCAUGAACGACACAGGUAAAAAGUAGGAUGGAUGAUCACCCCUGCGCAGAUGUGGACCCGUACAGCUCAGCCAGUGAAAAGGCCCCAUUACUACAGACUCCAGCAAGCUAGCACUAUCCACAUCACAGCCUGAUUUCACAAACUCACAAUCCACUGGACAACAAAUAAAAGUCAUUAUAUGGAAUGCUGGGAUUGAAUGAAUGAAUGAACUGGUUUACGUACAGUCUAUUCUGUGUGAAGGGAUUUGAUGUGGAUUAUGAACUCUUGAGUGAGGGUGUUCACGUAUUUGUGUUUUUUGCCCAUUGGUUGGGUCUAAGGUGCUGUGCGGGGUCAAUACAACAUUUUUAAAAGUUAUUUUUUUGGACACUUGAAAUACUUGACAAAAUACACUAGACAAUGGUGCAUUUAUAAAAAAAAUAAAAAUUAUAAAAAAAAUAAACAUGUCUCCAGAUCACUCCAAACCCUACUUCCUCAGAGGAAAAAACCGCUGAAGAUAUUUAACCUUUUAUCUUGUAACCUUGAACCUUCAUCCUGUAAAUAAAGAUGAAAACUUUGACAAUAACGUGCCAUUGAAUGAAACAUCCUCUGAAAGCAGAAAAAAAAAUGCGGAGUCAACACACAUUCUCAAUACUCUGAAUAUUGCACUUGUAUGUAACUGCUGUAAAUUGUUCCUAAAUGUGUCAUUGUGUUUGCAUUCUCUUGAUUAGUGUUCAUUAUAAAAUGAAGUGGGUUUAUGUCAAACAUUUUGAGACUUUAUUAACAAUGGCUUUCAAUUUCAUUGAAGUUUGAUUCAAACAAUACGUGGUCAUACAUUUUAUUACUCAUUAAAUACUAUUGUUAAGGUCUAUGAAAGCUGUGCAGAUGAGAUAACUGUUAACAAACAGCAUUGUGUUGCUGAUUGAAUGAAAACAAGAAUGUUAUCUCGCAUCAAAGUCAAAUAAAAAAAUAGAAUACUGGCUAAUAAUUAAAU